CAUACAUCGUAUCAGUAUGGUCUUGAAGUUUCACGAAGUGGUCAGCUUUCAGGAAGAGUUUCGCUAUGCCAAAGGCCCUGUUAAAGGAGAUGUCAAAGUGUCAAUUGUUGGCCAAGAAAAGGACAGAACAGUUUUGUUUUCAUGGUCAGGGACAUCUUCAUUUUCAGAAGACAAAAUGGUGUCUUAUAUAGGCAUGAAGGAAGCUACGAAUACACUAAGUCAGGUAAUAUAUGAACAUUAUGAAGACAUAAGGAUUGUUGGUGCAUCAAUCAAUGCUGCUAGGACCCUCAUUGCAUUUACAACUGUCUCUAAAGUAGCUCGAGAAUACUGUCAAUUAGCUGAUUUUGAAGAUAUAUAUAGCUCAUAUGUUGCUGAGAUCCAUCCUCAAGGUCGGUGCUUUACUUUAGAUGUUAAUCGAACACACUACCAAAGAGUGCAGUUUCUUUAUGUAACAUUGCCAGGCAAACAGGGAAUGAAUGAAUCAUAUUUGUUGUGUAUGCUUCAUGGAGAAAACAUAGGGCUGUACACGUUUAGCUUGUGUCGUUUACCUGGAUCUGACACUGGCAUAGUGCUACUGGGUAAUCCUCGAAUCAAGGAAGUGUGUAAAGCUUUUCAUUGGUAUCAGUGGGAUGCUGUAUAUCAAAGGCUAUACGUAGUUUGUUUUAGACCCAAAAAGCCGCCAGAGGGCAUUCUUGAACCAGCAAUGUGGUGUUUUGAAUUUCUAAAUGAUAAGCCAUUGAUAGUGAUGGACUUGCCAUUGCCAUUCCUCUUCAAAGAAGAUCAAGCUGUAAACAGACCAUCUUAUCUUAGUGUCCCUGGCUUUAGAACUCUUCCAGAAAAGCACAUCAACCUGGAGGUAGUCAGCUUACCCGGAGUUUCGAGUUGUGGUUCGCUGUUUUUGUGCUAUCAGCAUCCAUCUAGUAAUGAUUCAGAGGUUGAGCAUAAAGGGAAGGAUAUGAUAGUUUACUCCAUCUGCAUGUUGCACCAUGAACACGUUUUAAAGGGACAGAUUCGUGAUGUUAUCCAAGAAAGAAAGAGCAGUCGACUACUCUUUUGUAGUCUCAAUGACUAUGUUGUGGUACUUCUACCUGGUGUUGCUCUUCAUCUUCUCAAUUGCAGUGCAGAACAUGCUCCAGUGCAUCACAUCUUGCUUCAUGAUGUAGGUGUACCUCAAUUUCCUUCUGCAUCUACGAGCAGUUGUUUCUGUCAAUGGGAAACUAGCAUUGAUGGUACUGCCAAUGUUCUGGACACUGUUACACUGAAAGAAUAUCAUAUCAGUUUUGAUCAAAGUGCACUUGCACAUGUGUUCAAGGCAACCCACUUGACAGCAACAAAACUAGCCAUUAUGCAUAUGGCUUUGGUUCAUUUGAACGACGAGUUGUUGGUGAAGAUGUUGCUACGUGAGUUAUGUCUGGAUUCUACUCACCCCGACUGUUCUCAGUUACUGUCUGAUUAUCUCAUAGGUGCAAGUUAUACUUACAUGAAGUUUAAUGUUCUUGUUAAUGAGAAUUCUUUGCUGCAACUGUUGCCUUUGACUGAAACUGACCGGUUUCGUGGUCAUUUGGAGAUGGAUCGACAAGGUCGAGAGGUAGCUCGUAUCACAUAUGUAUUGUUGCCAGAUGUGGAAGAAGGACUAGCCAAGGGUGGUGAUUCAAGUGAUGUUUCACAAGACAAAGGAGUUGUUCAAUUGAAGACAUACCCACAACACACCAAUCCAUUUGCAAGUCUUCUUGAAAACCUUUACCUAAACAAGCAACGUACGCCCAGGUUCUCUCUAAAGACUUUUGCUGAUCGUUUGUCGGAAAAGAGUAAUGCUGUUGUUGGAAAUCAAGAGGAAGAGGAAGAGGUCCCCAGACGAUCCAUGUUUAGGAGAAUGUCGGACUCUUUCAGGUUUCGAACGUCAUCUCAGCUAAGAGCUUCUCAGCACAAACCUUUGUCUUUUCUUGAGCCAGCAAGUGAACAGGAUCCACGUGAAAGUCGUCAUCAAAAGCUGCUGAUUCGAAGUCUUCAAAAUCAUUUUAAGCAAAACAAAGGGCUAGACACAGGAUCUCUUGAUAAGGACGAAAAGUACUCUAAAGUAGCACAGCGAUAUGCUAGUACUCAGAUGAAGCAAUCAGAAGGUUUGUUGCAGAGUAUAUGGAAUUUGCUGGGCUAUGAUGAUGAAAACCACCCAGCUCAAACUUCUUUGUAUAAUUUUAGACAUCAGCUGCUACUAACUGUAGUUAAUUGGUUACAUUUUGUUUCUUUUAUUUGUCACAGAGAAAUCAGAGGCAAUGCUCGAGAUUCUGCUUUGUUUUACUUGGCUGAGCGUUUCUACGCAUCUGUUGAGCGCUGUGGCUUUCCUUUUCCUGGAGGUUUCCACUUCUUUUUUACUUGCAUAGGUUUUCGUUGCCUUCAUCCUCAACUAUUUCUUCAAUAUGUCAACUGCCAUGUUUUUCAUCUCAGCAAUGACUUUCUAAUCAGAUUGAUAAGUGAGCUUGGUGAUGAUCCUGCAAGUACUGAAGUCAAGUUUCAAAUUCUGUGGCGUCUAAAUCCAUUACAGUCGGCGUCUCUUUUGACAAAAUGUGUUCGAGCAGGACACAAAGAAGCGUCAUCGUUGCUUUCUCAGCAGCGUGUGUCAAAACUGUUAGCAGAAGGAGAUAUAGAUGGAAACUUUUCAAGUCCCAGACAACAGCAAGGUCGGAGUGAUACUGAACAAUGUGAUGAUAUGUCUCCAGAAAUUAAAGAUUACAAGCCUUUAGAUUAUCUUAUGAAGACGUUACAAGCUCGCCAACGCCAAAUGGCAGAUGCUGGAAGUAACUCAGGUGAGGCUGAGUCUGCCAGUUUGGAUCUCAUUCAAAAGUAUUGUUGCAAGUCAUUCAAGGCUGUUGUGGAUAGUAGUUAACUGAGACGAUUUAGGAAUUCAGAUAAUAUGCUUCCACUCGCAUUGCUAUGUCAUUAUUGAUUAUUAUCAAAUACACAAGCGAUUAGUUACUUUUCAUAUCUUUUUCGGACAUAGUUUUGGCGCAGUAACACUAUUUUAAUUUUAAUGUUACUGCAAUUUAGUUACUACACCAUUUCCAGAUAAAAUUGUUUAUAGUCUCUUCAAAUUCGCAUUUUGUCAGUUCAAAUUCAUACUU